AUGGAUGAUUUGUGGAAUGAAGCAUGGGAUUCUUUGAUUCAAGAGGUGCAGAGGGAAGCCGACGAGGAGGAUGAGGCGGCGGCAGAAUUGGAGGCGGAACUGGCGGCGGCGGCGAUCCCUCGUGAGAUUCGUCAUCGUCGGACAAUCCCACGAGACCAUGUCGGAGCGGCUGAGCGGCUUAUGGCAGACUACUUUAGCGCUAAUCCCCGUUACCCAGCUGAGAUUUUCCGUCGGCGUUUCAGAAUGUCGCGACCGCUCUUCACCCAUAUAGCGACGACAUUGGCGGACCGGUACGGUUGCUUCAACCUCCGGAGUGAUUGCACUGGCCGGAUCGGACUGUCUACUUUUCAGAAAUGCACCUCUGCAAUAAGGCAGCUUGCCUAUGCCGGACCGGCUGAUAUGUUUGACGAAUACCUACAGAUGGGUGAGACGACUAGUCUAGAGGUGCUCCGACAGUUUUGUAAGGGCAUGCGGGAAGUCUUUGGUCCGGAGUUCCUACGAAAGUCAACCUCUGAUGAGUGCCAGAGACUGCUAGAUAUGCACGGUGCGGUGCACAGUUUCCCAGGGAUGAUGGGCAUCAUUGAUUGCAUGCAUUGGGAGUGGAAAAACUGCCCGGUGGCGUGGAAAGGCCAGUUCACUACUGGUUCGAACAACGACAUCAACGUUCUGCAGUCGUCGCCUCUCUUCAAUGAUGAGUGCCGGGGAGAGGGUCCAGAGAUCAGUUUCGUAGCAAACGGCACGCAGUAUCGCGGGGGAUACUAUUUGGCGGAUGGAAUAUACCCUCGUUGGCCCGUAUUCGUCAAGACACUUCGCCUACCGGCUGGAGCGAGGAGACAAUAUUUUGCGCGAAAACAAGAGGCCGCUAGGAAAGAUGUUGAGCGAGCUUUUGGUGUGCUCCAAGCGCGAUGGGCCAUUAUACGCUGCCCGGCACGAGUUUGGCACGAAGAUGAUGUCGCGAAUAUUAUGUUAGCAUGUAUCAUAUUGCACAAUAUGAUAAUAGAAGAUGAAGGAUUUGCUGCAGAACGUUGGACACCGGAAGAUGGUGCAAGUACAAGUCACGGCGUUGCCUCCGCGCAGAUCCGGAUGGGUGUACCACGUAGUAAUGAAUAUCUGAUCCAACGUUUCGCUGAUAUACGCAGGAGCACAACACAUGACCAACUCCAGGUCGAUUUGAUUGAAGAGGUCUGGGCACGUAGGGGAGGCGGCGUAGCGUGA